AUGAAUGGUCGGAACGCCGCGGACGCAGUCGAGUUAUACGCUGCGUCGGUCUUUUGCCUCAUGCCCCCCGGGGACACGAUUGUGCGCGGCGCGAUCGCGGACGCGCUUUCCGUUGGCUGCAUCCCCGUCUUCUUACAUCCGGCGCAGCAACACAUCUGGCCGAGCCACUGGGACGGCAAGCGUGCAAGCGUCCUUUUCGACUGGAGCGCCUGGAUGGACGACAAGAUGGGUAACGUCGCAGUUGAGAUUGAGCUCGCGGGAGAGCUCGCGGAAGACAUUGAGCUCGCGGAUGCUGGCCGGCGGGCGCAGAGAAGGCGGCGCAACUAA